CGUUAACGUUGAAGCGUCGCUGCUGUGGUGAAACCCCGCCCCUCCCGCCGUCAACAACUGGAUUCCUGCUAAUUGUAUUUUCGACAACUAGCAUCGCUAGCCUGCUAACGAUGAUUGCGUUUGUAAAUAAAUAACGUAUCCUCGAUGGACUUGUAUUCGUUUCUUUUCAUCUGAGACGGGCUCCAUUUACGGCCCGUGUCGUCUGCGCAAGCGACUGGACCAGCGGCCGCAAGGCGUACCGUCCUUUAGCCUUCUCCGAAACAAGAUUAGCGGCUAUCGCUAGCUGGCUCGCUGACAGCUGCCUCGGUUAGCUACGUGCCUUUAACGGCACCGUAGCAAAGAUUUAUUUCAUAAAACAAUGAGUCGUCUCUGACAUUGAGAGUGCUGAGGCCCUGUUGGUUGUCACUUUGGAGUUAUCCGAACUCAUUUCUCGGUUGACUCUGCAUUGGUGCCAUUGAAGAUCCGCUUGUGCGUACACGGUGGUUGGGUUUUACCAGGGCUGCCAGUAUGAUGCCGGUGAUACUGACGGUGUACCUCAGUGACGGGGAACAGAUCACAGCCGAGGUCCCCAUCACACCCGAGACGACGUGUCGCGAUGUCGUAGAGUUCUGCAAAGAGCCUGGCGAGAGCGGCUGCCACCUGGCUGAGGUCUGGAGAGGCAACGAACGGGCGAUCCCAUUUGAGCACAUGAUGUACGAACAUCUGCAGAAGUGGGGGCCUCGAAAACAAGAAGUCAAGUUCUUCCUCCGCCAUGAAGAGUCUCCUACUGAGAGCAGUGAUCAAGGAAGUCAGCAGUCUCAGGAUCAAACCGGUCACAGAAGUGGCAGCACUGGAGAGAAGCACAACGAGAAUGGGGUGGGGAAUCAGCGCGGGGAGCCCACGCUGUCAGAGCUGCAGGAGAUGGCCACACGACAGCAGCAACAAAUCGAGGCUCAGCAACAAAUGCUUGUUGCAAAGGAGCAACGUUUGCGUUACCUAAAGCAGCAGGAGAGGCGUCAGCAGCAAACUGUGUCCGAGAGCGAAAAGCUGCAGCGGCUGAAGGAGCGCGUGGAGAGCCAGGAGGCGAAGCUCAAGAAGAUUCGUGCCAUGAGAGGCCAGGUGGACUACAGCAAGGUCAUCAAUGGCAACUUGUCGGCAGAGAUUGAACAAGUCACCAGUUUGUUUCAAGAGAAGCAGGCCGAGUUACAGGCGGCUGUGCUGAGGGUGGAGCAGCUCAGCCUGCAGCUGGAGGACCUGCGAAGAGGAAAGCUCAACGGCAUACAGACUGGCCUGGGCGGCCAAGUAACUGGCGCAGCAGCCUUAGAGCUCAGAAAGCUUUACCAAGAGCUUCAGAUUCGGAAUAAGUUGAACCAGGAGCAGAACAGCAAGCUGCAGCAGCAGAAGGACCUUCUGAACAAGCGCAACAUGGAAGUGACGCUCAUGGACAAGCGCAUCAGCGAGCUGCGGGAUCGCCUCUACAAGAAAAAAGCUGAGGCACGUCAAAAAGAGAAUCUUCCUCUUAAUAGAGCCAAUGGGCCCCCCUCCCCCCAACCAGCCCCUGGUACUCUGGGCCGUGUUGCUGCUGUUGGACCCUACAUCCAGGUUCCCGUACCGAGCCGACAGGAUGGAGGCUACACACUACCGCCUGAUCCACUGAAGCCUCAAACACUAGGUGUGAAUGACCAAGCCAACCAGGGUCGUCCCAAAUCAGACGGUGUGCGAAAGCCUCCUGGUCCUUGGAAAGUGUCUGAUUUAGACAUCGUUGUGGACCCGGUACCCCCGUUCUUUCCAGAGUCGCACCCGGGCCCCGGGGCCUCCAGUGGCUCUGACGGCGCGUCCCCUAAUGACACUGGCUGGCCUACUAUAGGCAAGACCAGCACAACUCUGAAGCCUCCUGAGAGACGAGACUCAGGGACCGACAGCCAGGGCAAGAGCCCACCCUCAGGCUCCCCCGUCACCCCAAAUGCAGAAAAGGUGCUAGAUCCAAAGCUUGCUGUAUCCUCCCCUGCCAUAACCAAGCCACAGCCGCCACCAUACGGAUCACACCUCACCUCUGCAAACUUAGCCAGCUCCUUGGAGCGCCGCAAAGAUGCACCUCUUCCACGCCCGCUUCCAAACCCACCGGCGCCCGCGUGGCCCCGUGUGCCACCCUCUACCGGCUCCUCCUCUCAGCAGAUCCAGCAGCGGAUCUCUGUGCCACCGAGCCCCACCUUCCAGCCCAACAUCCCGCUAUUCCCUCCUAUGCUGAGUGAGCGUCUGGAUCCUCCGCCUGCUGUGGCAGUGCGCCCCUUUAUCCCAGACAGAGGGACACGGCCUCAGUCGCCCCGUAAGGGGCCUCCUACCGUAAACUCAAGCUCCAUUUAUCACAUGUAUCUCCAGCAGGCUGCGCCAAAGAGCCAACCAUUGAAGCCUGCUGUUAAAGCAGUAUACGGGAAGCCUCUUCUCCCCUCCAGCUCGACACCAGCAUCUCCCCUGCCAUACGUCCAGGCAGGUGGGGCUUUCCCGGCGCUCCAAGGCCUGCCUGGCAGUGACGACUCUGUAGAUGGAGAACUUCAUGAUCACGAGGGCUUCCAACGCCUGGACCCAUCUGCACCUCCUCCAAGUGUGGAGAAUAUUCCACGACCACUCAGUCCCACGAAGCUUACGCCUAUGGUUCAUUCCCCGCUCCGUUACCAGAGCGACGCAGACCUGGAACUGCUCCGUAAAAAGCUAGCCAACGCUCCAAGGCCGCUGAAGAAGCGUAGUUCCAUCACCGAACCAGAGGGCCCCAGUGGACCUAACAUCCAGAAACUUCUGUAUCAGAGAUUCAACACUCUGGCUGGAGGCAUAGAGGGGAAUGGUGGGAGUGGAUCAGGUGGGAGUACUGGUGCUGGUAAUGGAACACCGUUUUAUCAACCAGCUAUUCCACCUGGAUACCUGGGAGGUGAUUUGCUGGCCGACACAAACAAUGGCAACCUUCUCUCUGAGACACAGCUGCCUCCGCCACCAGGAAAGAAUGGACCAGGCUCUGAAGCUCCCUCUACCACCGAUGCUAAUGACAAUGAACCCAUGACCUCGCCACCAAAAGCAGAUACAGAUCCAGGUGAAGAGGAGGAACCAGAGGACAACACUAACAACAACGUAGGAGGCUCUGAGGCAUCUCUGCCCAGCCCGGUGCCAGAGGUCAGCACUCCGGAGGAGAGCGGGAUGGCUGUCUCACAACAGCUGGAGAAGCGCACAAACCUGAAAAAGCCCGACUCUGAUCGCACUGGUCACGGCUUCAGAGUCAAGUUUAAUCCUUUAGCCCUGCUGCUUGAUGCAUCAUUAGAGGGAGAGUUUGAUCUGGUUCAGCGAAUCAUCUAUGAGGUUGAGAAUCCCAGCACUCCCAACGAUGAGGGCAUCACACCUCUGCACAAUGCAGUGUGUGCAGGACACCACCACAUCGUCAAGUUCCUGCUAGAUUUCGGUGUGAACGUCAACGCCGCAGACAGCGAUGGAUGGACUCCUCUUCACUGCGCCGCCUCCUGCAACAGCGUUCAUCUCUGCAAACUGUUGGUCGAGUCAGGAGCCGCCAUCUUUGCAAGCACCAUUAGUGAUGUGGAGACCGCAGCGGACAAAUGUGAGGAAAUGGAGGAAGGCUACAUCCAGUGUUCCCAGUUUUUAUAUGGUGUUCAGGAGAAGCUGGGUGUAAUGAACAAGGGCACGGUGUACGUUCUGUGGGACUACGACGCCCAGAGUCCAGAUGAGCUGUCGUUUAGGGAGGGAGACGCCAUAACAAUCCUGAGAAGACAGGACGAAAAUGAAACGGAGUGGUGGUGGUCCCGGCUGGAGGACAAAGAGGGCUACGUUCCCCGCAACCUGCUGGGGCUUUGUCCUAGAAUUAAGCCUCGUCAGCGCUCCCUGGCGUAACGUCCCACACCUGGACCAGAGACACAACAGAGGAGCCUGGAGCUCUGACUCCCCCCUGUGGCCAUAACCUUCCCCAGCCUUGUGCUUUCACUAAAUCCUCCCCUCAUAUGCAGAGGGAACUGAACUUUGACCCACCUAAACAUGUCUGCACACACAAAGACAAGCACUCCAAAGUCUCUUGACUGUCUCCUUCCUUAUUGAUCUCACCACAUUGUUCUGACUGAUGAUGAUUUAAAGAUUCAAACACUAUCCCUUGUCUGUAUUUCUUGCAGUGUUCACACUUCAGCCAUCUCCCUAAAAAAAGUCUAUUGAUGGCAUAGGUUUACAUGAUGCUGUAUAAUAACUGGAGGUUUAUCUUUAAGUCUGAUUUGAGUUUUAGGACGUUCUUUUUCUUGUUUUGCUCCACCUGAAUAAACACUAUUAUAGGAAAAACUAACCACCAAAGACAAAAAUAAGUUGAGUGUUUUAAUUCACAUUCUCUGUAGAAGCUGGAAGAAACGCUGAAGAUAAUCAGGUUCUUUGCUGCGGUCAGUAAUUAUUAACGUUCCCAGCAGUUAAAGUUGCUCUUGAGAUUCUAACAGAGCUGAAAUUGAAAUAUUAUGGAUAAAAUGAAAAUAUAAAUCCUCAGUAUUACUCACACAAGCUACUUCAAAGGUUAACAUAGAGUGACCUCUCAUGCAUUAUGUAAUUGAUUUCAUUCUCUUGUUAAUGUGUAAAAUCUGGGUGCAGAAUUACUGUGGAUCUGUGGCAACAACAAUAAAUUAUAAGUGAGCCUUUGAACAAUAAUUUUCCAUGUAUUGUGUAACAAAGCCCAAACCGAGAGGGUUUAACAUGUAUACAAAUAAUCUCUGAAAUUAGCACAUCCCAAAGACAACGUGGUGACAGUGGGCAACAAUCAGUGUUUUGCUUUUCAAGAGAAUGUUGUGUGUGCAACUGUAGAGAGCGUGAGGAAAUGCGUGUAACACAAUUGAUAGCUGCGUUUGCAGUGAAGAAAAGAGGUCAUUAUUGUUAAAUGUCACUGAAAUCCUAAAUAGCUUUAUUUAUAUCCAUCACCCCUCCACAAUUCAUUGGUGCCCCUGGUACAGACGUGUACAAAUGCCUUAAAGUAGAUUAUUAUUGCAACUCUGUGACCCCCUGCAGCAAAGAGCCGCCACUCUUUGUUGCACCUAUCUAACAGUGGGCGUUUAGAGUUUUUUUUGUCUACCUAUAGUACCCCUCCUCAGUGUACGAGCAGACGUUAUAAACUUGGGUUCUCAUUCAGUCAUGUUUAUUGCAGUUUCCAUUGUUUUAAGCUUAAAAUAUUUAAUUGUUCUUACUUUAGAUAAGAUGAAGUUGUGGUAACUAGAGUUCUAGCCAUUUCCUCCAUUAUAGAGAUUAACACGCAUCCACCAUACUUGAGUGGUAUGUUCUUUUGUCUUUCCCAUUUUGAGGAGUGGCUGAGAGAGCUGGGCCUUUACGUCAAGUCAUAUCUAUUCCCCAGAAAAACAGGAUGUCAUGGGUUACUUCAUACAGAUUCCUAGAUACUCUGAUAAAUGUAAACAAUUUCAAAACUUCUUCAGUUACAUUUAUUUCUGCGUGUUUGUUAUUGUCAGUUUUAUUUCUGCAAGUUAUUUUAAAACAGUGCUGUGCAGGUUAGUUUGAAAACACACAGAGGCACUACAGCAAUGUCUACAAUAAGUGAAAUAAAGUAUGAGGAAAUUGAGUAAAAAUAGACUAAAACACUCAGCAGUAUGAAUAUCAGGUGGCAGGUGGGGCGUUCCAAUAAGUGGUUAUUUCACAUUUAUUUCUUAACCUAAGAUUUUUUUUCCCCACCUGAAUAAAUGCAUUCAAAAUAAAGGUUGGAUUUUCUAAUUUUUUUUCCUAUGAGAUUAUCCUUGUAGAAUUAAAGAUGGGUUUAAUUUAAGGCAUUUUACGCAUCUUUACCGGGGCGGUCAAUGACUGAGUGGAAAACGUGCCGUCAUUUAAGCAGUAAAGGGUUUCAACGUUCUUAAGGAAAAAAAAAAAGUAAGACGAAACCUGAAAGGACACCAAGUUAAAUACACAAAAGAAAAUGACUGAUUAAUGUUGCAUAACUGUUAGCUAUGAUGUAUAAUUGCAUCUCGAGGCGUUUUACUGGUCAGUUUUCUUUACGAUUGAACCGCUUGUUGCUUUCAGACUCAUCCCUACAAACUAGCUUUAAAAAAAAAGUACAGAUAAUUUAUCAUAGCUAGUUUUAGACUCUGAAAUAUUGGCUUUCCUUAACACGCAACUUCAUAAUCAGUCUGAAAAGAAUGCAGGAAAUGGACAUUGUUUUUCUUUGGAUAUAUUUCUUAUUUAAAAAAGGUCCAAGCAAGUAGACCCAGUAGCAGUAUCUCACUAUUCUCUUCCAACAAAACGGACACUCAUGAUUUCAAAAACAAUUACUUAACAGUUGUUUUUUUUUUUUUCGUGUGACCUUACACUCAAGUUCUUAAUUUUAUUUAUAUAUUCUCUUUUUCUCCGUUCAAAUCUUUUUUUCCCAUCCUAGCUGGAAUAUACAAUAAGUCUUUGGUUUAUUUCUUAUAAUUUGAACAACUCCACUGAAAUAUCUCAGGACUGACAAAUUGCAGCAGACACAUUUCAUCUCAGCUUUGGUAUAGCAUUUAACAAAUUGCAGUCUGUUGCAAAUAUGUCUGGGCCAUCAUUGUAAAACUCCUGUUACCUUUGGUUUGUGCCAUAAAUACCUUUAAAUUAGAGUGUGAAUAUUAGAAUUGAACCUGUUUGUUUGAGCUUUACGUUGCUGAAAUGCUAAUAAAAUCUAUUUGCUCUGUUUAACUAUU